AACAAUUUCUGUGGUUGAACGGAACACGUCCAGCCUCUUUCUUUUUGGACUGUCCUGUCAUUUGGGUAGUUGAGGCGGAUUUAAAUCCUAGCCAUGGUGCGUAUGAACGUAUUGAGCGAUGCUCUGAAAUCAAUUCACAAUGCCGAAAGGCGCGGCAAAAGGCAAGUCCUCAUCAGGCCUUGCUCAAAAGUGAUCGUCAAGUUCUUGACUGUGAUGAUGAAGCACGGCUACAUCGGAGAGUUCGAGAUUGUGGAUGACCACAGAGCCGGCAAGAUCGUCGUGAACCUCACAGGACGGCUGAACAAAUGCGGCGUCAUUUCACCACGAUUCGACGUACCGAUCAAUGAUAUUGAAAGAUGGACUAACCUGCUGCCAUCCAGACAGUUUGGAUACCUUGUGCUGACCACCAGUGGUGGCAUCAUGGACCAUGAGGAGGCCAGGAGAAAACAUCUCGGAGGAAAAAUUCUAGGCUUCUUCUUCUAAGUUUACCUAAUACAUUAAAAAAUGUAA